AUGUCCGACGAGAAGCAGCCGAGCGCGAACCUGAUCCGCAUGUGGAGGGUCUGGCGCACAACCAAGGAGAUGAUGAACGACCGGGGCUACCAGGUGCUCGAGGACGACAUGAACAUGCCGCUCGACGAAUUCGCCAGCAAAUACGGCCGCGCCGACGGCGAGCCUGACCGCUCGCGCCUCAACUUCUCCUGCCAGCCCGGCGAGGAGAUGCUGCUCAAGUACACCAUGCCCCCGACCAAGAAGGACCCCGAGCCGCGGCCCCAGAUCGGCACCAUCUGGGUCGAGUUCAACAGCGACGAGAACGUCGGCCUGAAGCAGCUGCGCGACUACAUGCAGCAUCUGGUCAACGGCGCCUUCUACUCGGGCAUCAUGGUCACCGUCAAGCCCAUGACCGGCAUGGCCAUCCGUCUGCUGCGCGGCUCCGCCAGCCUGAGCGAGGGUCCCAAGGGUGGCGUCGAGGUCUUUGUUGAGCAAGAUCUGCUGGUCAACAUCACCAAGCACGAGUUGGUCCCUAAGCACGUCCUGCUCAGCGAGGAGGAGAAGCAGCAGCUGCUCAAGCGAUACCGCCUCAAGGCGACACAGCUCCCCAGGAUCCAGUCGACAGACCCUGUCGCAAAGUUUCUAGGGCUGAAGCGCGGCUCCGUCGUCAAGAUCAUAAGAAAGUCCGAGACCGCUGGUCGCUACGCCAGUUACCGAUGGGUCAUCUGA